CUUGUUUUCAUUCUGCUAUUUCCCCAUUCCCCCCUCAUCAGACAAGCAGAGUAGAGCGGGACGGAGAGAGACGUGAGCCAACGAGUGCAGAACAGAACAACUCCACAAAGAGAAGAGAGAAGUGGAUAGUUCACUUUGCAAGGAAAGGAGGAGAGAAAAAGAGAAGAAAAUCAAGCCUUUCAGAAAACACCAACAGGAGAAGAAGAAUGAGACUGCAGCACAUUUAAAACAUCUCAUCUGCUUUGUUACCAACUGAGGACUUAUUUCUAGCCCAAUUUUAUGUUGGAACAGUUAGAUUUCUUUCUCAUUCUACAAGAGCCUACACACUGACUGUAGAAAAGUUGCGCUGUGAAGUAGGACUUUGGGGUUUUGAAGAGAGAAGGAGAAAGAGGGAGAAAGAAAGAAGGAGAAAACAAGGUUUUUUUGGAGCCAGGUUUAGAGAAGCAGGAGGCUGCUGUGGUGGAGAUCAUGCCCGGGAGAGGAGCUUGUUCUGGGGCAGGCGUGGGGAGGUUGCCUGGAUACUGGGUGUGUGUGCUGGUUCUCUGUGCCCUGGUGACAGGCUAUGCCAGCGCAUGCCCUGCCCUGUGUACCUGCAGUGGCACCACGGUUGACUGCCAUGGGCUGGGCAUCAAAACCAUGCCCCGGAAUAUACCCCGCAACACAGAGAGAAUGGAACUGAAUGGGAAUAACCUCACACGCAUCACCAAGAGUGACUUCUCUGGACUCAAGUACCUCCGUGUGCUGCAGCUGAUGGAGAAUCAGAUUGGAGCGAUAGAGCGUGGAGCGUUUGAUGACAUGAAGGAGCUGGAGAGACUGCGCCUGAACAGGAACCAACUGCAGCACCUUCCAGAACUGCUGUUUCAGAAGAACCCUGCACUGUCACGUCUAGAUCUGAGUGAAAACAACAUCCAGUCUAUCCCCAGGAAGGCAUUCAGAGGAGCUACAGACAUCAAGAACCUACAGUUGGAUAAGAACCACAUCAGCUGCAUCGAGGACGGAGCCUUCAGAGCACUGAGGAGUCUGGAAGUACUGACUCUGAACAACAACAACAUCAGCAGCAUCCCAGUCUCCAGCUUCAACCACAUGCCCAAACUACGCACCUUCCGUCUCCACUCCAACAACCUGCACUGUGACUGUCACCUGUCCUGGUUGGCCCAGUGGUUAAGACAAAGGCCUACAAUUGGUCUGUUCACCCAGUGCACAGCUCCAUCCCCGCUUAGAGGACUCAACGUGGCUGAGAUACAGAAACAUGAGUUUACCUGCUCAGGUCACUCAGAGAGCUCCGGCUUGCAGCCUUGCAGCCUAGGGGGAGGUUCGUGCCCUGCCAUGUGUACCUGCAGUAACAACAUUGUGGACUGCAGAGGGAAAGGCCUCACAGCUAUACCAGCCAACCUUCCUGACACCAUGGCAGAGAUUCGUCUGGAGCAGAAUGGGAUCAAGUCAGUUCCUCCCGGCGCCUUCUCUCCGUACAAGAAGCUGCGCAGGAUAGACCUGAGUAAUAACCAGAUAGCAGAAAUAGCUCCUGAUGCCUUCCAGGGCCUGAGAUCCCUCAACUCACUAGUCCUGUAUGGGAAUAAGAUUACAGAGCUUCCCAAAGGAGUGUUUGACGGACUAUAUGCCCUGCAACUACUGUUGUUGAAUGCCAAUAAGAUCCACUGUGUUCGGGCCAAUGCCUUCACAGACCUGCAGAACCUCUCUCUACUGUCUCUGUAUGACAACAAGAUACAGACUGUGGCCAAGGGCACCUUCGCUUCUCUCAGAGCUAUACAGACACUUCACCUGGCCCAGAACCCGUUUAUCUGUGACUGUAAUAUGAAGUGGCUGGCAGACUACCUGCGCUCCAACCCCAUAGAGACCAGCGGUGCCCGCUGUACCAGCCCCAGACGACUGGCCAACAAACGCAUCGGGCAGAUCAAGAGCAAGAAGUUCCGCUGCUCUGCCAAGGAACAAUACUUCAUCCCUGGCACUGAGGACAUCCGUCUGAAUAAUGAGUGUAACAGUGAUCCAGUCUGUCCUCCUAAAUGUCGCUGUGAGUCCAACGUGGUGGACUGCUCCAACCUCCGAAUCAACAAGAUACCAGAACACAUCCCUGCCUCAACCACUGAACUUCGUCUGAACAACAAUGAUAUCACCACACUGGAGGCUACAGGAGUCUUCAAGACCCUCUCCCAACUCAAGAAGAUUAACCUUAGCAACAAUAAGAUCACGGAGAUCGAGGAUGGGGCGUUCGAGGGGGCGGGGUCUGUCAACGAGCUCCAUCUCACAGCCAAUCAGCUGGACUCUGUUCGCAGCGGAAUGUUCAAGGGACUGGAGGGACUACGCAUGCUAAUGUUGAGGAACAACAAGAUCAGCUGUAUCCAUAACAACAGCUUCACCGGCAUGCACAACGUUCGCCUGCUGUCUCUCUAUGACAAUCAGCUAACUACCAUCACCCCUGGAGCCUUCGAUACCCUGCAGACACUGUCUACACUUAACCUCCUGGCUAACUCCUUCAACUGUGACUGUCGUCUGGUCUGGCUUGGUGAUUGGCUGAGAAGCAGGAAGAUCGUCACGGGCAAUCCUCGAUGCCAGCGCCCCGCCUUCCUCAAAGAGAUUCCACUACAGGAUGUGGCACUGCCUGACUUCCGCUGUGAAGAGGGAGUGGAAGAGAUGAGCUGUGUGCCCAGGCUUCAGUGUCCCAGUGAGUGUACGUGUCUGGAGACUGUGGUACGCUGCAGUAACAAACACCUCCGUGCGCUGCCCAAAGGCAUCCCCAGAAACGUCACCGAAUUGUAUCUAGAUGGGAACCAGUUUGGCAUGGUGCCAAAGGAGCUGUCUACCUUUAAAUACCUCCAGUUAGUAGACCUGAGUAACAACAAGAUGAACUCUCUCACCAAUUCUUCAUUCUCCAACAUGAGUCAGCUCACCACACUGAUCCUGAGUUACAACUCUCUGCGCUGUAUCCCCAGUCUGGCCUUUGGUGGACUACGCUCGCUUCGACUGCUGUCUCUCCAUGGCAACGAGAUCUCCGAGCUUCCUGACGGCAUUUUCAGUGAUGUGGCCUCUCUGUCUCACCUGGCUAUUGGUGCCAACCCCCUGUACUGUGACUGCCGUCUGCUCUGGCUGUCUGACUGGGUGAAGACGGGCUACAAGGAGCCUGGCAUCGCCCGCUGUGCCGGACCUACGGGCAUGGAGGGAAAGCUGCUGCUCACCACCCCUGCCAAGAAGUUUGAGUGCCACGGUGAGGUGGACAGUGGCGUCCUGGCCAAGUGUAACCCAUGCCUGUCCAGCCCGUGUGUCAACCAGGGGAUCUGUCACAAUGAUCUGGCAGAGAUCUACAGGUGUAGCUGUCCUCCUGGAUUCAAGGGUAGGAACUGUGAGACUUCUCUGAACGUGUGUGUCAGUAACCCCUGUGUCAACGGGGGCACUUGCCAAAUCAAUGAGGAGGAGGAGGAGGGGGGAUACAGCUGUGCCUGUCCCAUUGGCUUUGACGGUCCUACCUGCCUGACCAACAUAGAUGACUGUGAAGAUAAUGACUGUGAAAACGGAGCUACCUGUAUAGAUGGAGUCAACAACUAUACCUGCCUCUGUCCACCUUACUACACAGGGGAGGUGUGUGAGGAGAUGGAGGAUGUGUGUGCUCCAGGUCUCAAUCCAUGUCAACACCAGUCUACCUGUCUCAUCACGUCUACUGGACCCCAGUGUGUGUGUUCUCCGGGCUACGUCGGUGAUGACUGCAGUGUGGACUACGAUGACUGUGAGGAGAAUCGCUGUCAGAACAAAGCUCAGUGUGUCGACCAACUCAACGGAUACUCCUGCUCCUGCCCCGAUGGCUACAGUGGUCAGUUGUGUGAGGUGCCCCCCUCCCCGCGGUCUCUGUGUGACCUGGCAGACUGCCAGAACGGUGCCCCGUGUGUGGAGCGGGCAGGCCGGGCACUGUGCCAGUGUCUCCCUGGAUUCGGAGGGCCUCGCUGUGAGAAGCUGGUCAGCGUUAACUUUGUAGACAGAAACUCCUACCUGCUGCUCUCUGACCUCAAGAACUGGCCCCAGGCUAACAUCACACUGCAGGUAUCUAACAUCUCACUGCAGGUGUCGACAGCGGAGGAGAACGGUAUCCUGCUGUAUAAUGGAGACAAUGACCACAUCGCUGUAGAGAUGUAUCAAGGUCACGUUAAGGUCAGCUACGACCCUGGCAGCCAGCCUGGACACGCUAUCUAUAGUACUGAGACGAUCAACGACGGUCAGUUCCACACGGUGGAGCUGGUGACCUUUGACCAGAUGGUGAACCUGUCCAUCGACGGGGGUCUCCCCACCACCAUGGACAGCCUGAGGGGGGUCCGGCCCCUGAACGGGGAGGCUCCGCUAUACGUGGGGGGUAUGCCUGUGGACGUCCACUCGGCAGCCUUCCGGCUCUGGCAGAUCCCGAAUGGCUCCAGUUUCCACGGCUGCAUCCAGAACCUGUAUAUUAACAACGAGCUGCAGGAUUUCACCAAGACCCAGAUGAAGCCGGGCGUGGUGCCAGGCUGUGAGCCCUGUAGGAAGAUCUACUGCCUGAAUGGUAUCUGCCAGCCGGACGGGGCACAGGGACCAGUCUGCCACUGCCAGCCGGGCUGGAGCGGACCACACUGUGACCAGCCUGCCGCCAACACAUGCCAGGGCAGCAAGUGUGUGCAUGGGAAGUGUAUUCCCUUUGACCUGCAGUCGUACCGCUGCGAGUGUGUGGAGGGUUACCGGGGUGCCCUGUGUAACCAGCAGGGGGAGCUGUUUAACACCUGCCACAGCAACAACUGCAAACACGGACGCUGCCAGAUCUCUGAUACAGGAGAUGCCUACUGCCACUGUGAGGCCGGAUACAUCGGCAACCUCUGUGACGCAGAGUCAGAGUGUCGAGGGGAGCCUGUGAGGGACUUCUACCAGGUGCAGCGUGGAUACACCAUCUGUCAGACCACACGCAUGGUCUCCUGGGUAGAGUGCUCCGGCGCCUGCGACACGGGUGCCUGCUGCGCCGGCCAGCGAAUGAAACGUCGGAAAUACACCUUUGAGUGCAGCGACGGAAGAUCGUUCAGCGAGGAAGUGGAGAAGACCAUCAAGUGUGGCUGCGUGGGCUGUAUGUAGCACGCUUCACACAAACCUGCUACCGCCUCUGCCACCGAGCGCACCACAGAGAGAGAGAGAGAGAGAGAAAGAGGACGAAGAAAUAAGAGAAGAUAGUAUAAAGAAAUAUAUAUAAAAACCUCUAUCUAUGUAUUAUGGACAACAAUGUUUCUAAAAUUGGACAUUUCCCCCCCUUUCCAUGGGUGUGUGACGUACAGAAACACAGAGUAAACAAAACAUCAACAACAACGUGGAGAAGUGUGAACAACAACAACAACCAAACCAUUGUAUCUGCAACAUUGUUUCGAAGGGUUCUAAAGAUGUCAAAGGUGUUGCAUUCAGAGCAAGGCAUCAACCAACCCCUUAUACACACAUGGUCUAAACAUUCGGCCCCUUGGCCAUCCAUCCAUUAGGUCUCAGAUAGCCUAAGCACCAUCUCUCAUUUUUUCUUCCUGAUGGCAGUGUGUGUAAUGUAGCGUCUGGCCUGGUCAGGGUGGCAGGAGGGAAGAGGGACAGAGAUAUUGAAAGAGAGGGAGGAGACUGGGGUUGGGCUGUAGUUGAGUUUGGUUAGGCAAGGCAGGGCUGAGCUGGAGCUGAGCUGGAGCUGGGCUGGAGCUGGGCUGGAGCUGGGCUGGAGCUGGGCUGGAGCUG